CCAUAUUGCCAUCGAUUGAUAAUUUCUCCCCAAAACGUCAAGGGGUCACAGGGGAGCUGGAGAACCAGGCCGGAAGUGAGGACAAUUCCAAGGACCCAUGGCUGGCAGGGACCCCACACAAUAGUGUUUCCAAGAGGGGGAAUUCCAUGGUUUUGUUUUGUCAACAUACAUGCAGUUCAAUCAAGUGACCACUGGAUGGGGACAGAGACCCUUUUAGUUCAGGACACACAAUGAGUGGGAAUGCUGCACACUUGAAGGCAGCAGCGCCCCUUUCCACAUUCCUUCUCCCCCACGCACACGCCCUGUGACAGUGAAAAAAAGUUGGCUGGGAGAGAAGUGAAAUCACGGAAAAGAUAUGUGUUGCUGCCUCAUCUAGCGCAGAAGAAAGAAGAAGAAGAAGAAGCUGCACCGAUUGUAGCUUUACCAAAAGUCUCAAUCCAAUCGCAGACAUGGAGUCAGCCAUCCAGACACUGGUGACCACCUUUGUAAGUUCUAGCAGAGGGAAGGGGAACCUGGACAGCAAGUCCUUCCAGAAGAUGGUUAAGAAGCAAUUUAGCGGCAUCAUGGAGGACACAAACAGCUCGGCGGCCAUUAAGGAGAUGCAGUGCGGCCUGGACGAGAACAGCGACGGCAAGGUCAGCUUCCAGGAAUACCUCACUCUGAUUGGCUACUUGGCCAAGUCGCUCAGUCAGAGCAAGCUUGAGUCCAACGCGGCGGCGUCAUAGAUGGAGACGACGCGGCAUGCUUUUCUUUGCUUGUUUUUUGUCAUGCUUGUCAUACGGCUAACAUCGUGCUCUCAACAUGUAAAGCUUCCCUCCAUGGGGAUCUCAACCCGCAUUGAAGGACUCCAUACCAAGAGUGCCAACUCUCAAUAAAAGCUUCAUACUGAU